CGCUCCCCUGAUUACAAACCCUAUCCCCUAUUCGAUCCUCCCUCUCUUGCGCGACUCCCCCUCCCUCUUCGGCCUCCCCUUGCCCUCCCCUGCUCCUGUCUCCAUGUCCACUCUUUUCCGUUCUCUCACUCAUUCCCUCCCUUCACACCAUCGCCACUUUCGUUGCCACAAUUACAUCGUCCGUACCCUCUUUAUCCAAACAUUUUCCGCAAAACGACGACCGAAACUUCCGCGAAUUACUGCCUUCGCUUCAAGUUCCUUGGUCGCACAGUUGUUAUACGACCGGGAUUCCCCGUCCGACUCUGAGGAGCACUCGUGUUCUCCAUACAGUAACGGGGCUGACGGUUUUCAUUUUGAAAAUAGUUUUGCGUCGGCAGAUUUGAAACACUUGGGAAAUCCUGCGCUUGAAGUCAAAGAGCUGGACGAGUUACCGGAGCAGUGGCGAAGAUCCAAAUUGGCUUGGCUUUGUAAGGAAUUGCCAGCGCAUAAGCCGGGAACCUUAGUUCGGCUGCUUAAUGCUCAGCGGAAAUGGAUGAGGCAGGAUGAUGCGGCCUAUCUCAUCGUGCAUUGUUUGCGUAUUCGUGAGAACGAGACUGCGUUUAGGGUGUACAAGUGGACGAUGCAACAACAUUGGUACCGAUUUGAUUAUGCUCUAGCUACUAAGCUUGCUGAUUACAUGGGCAAGGAGCGAAAGUUCUCAAAGUGUCGGGAGGUAUUUGAUGAUAUAAUUAAUCAGGGAUUUGUACCAAGUGAAUCUACAUUCCAUAUUUUGAUUGUUGCUUACCUGAGUGCRCCUGUCCAAGGAUGCAUAGAGGAAGCAAUCACCAUUUACAAUCGUAUGAUUCAGCUAGGUGGUUACAAACCACGUCUUAGCUUGCACAAUUCUCUCUUUAGAGCUCUCGUAAGCAAACCAGGGGAUUCUUCAAAGCAUUAUCUUAAACAGRCUGAGUUUAUAUAUCACAAUUUGGUAACAACUGGACUCGAGUUACAUAAAGAUAUAUAUGGUGGUCUAAUUUGGCUACAUAGUUAUCAGGAUACUAUAGACAAAGAAAGGAUUGUGUCACUAAGGAAAGAAAUGCUACAAGCAGGAAUCGCGGAAGAAAGAGAGGUCCUUUUGUCCAUCUUGAGAGCAAGCCCAAAAAUGGGAGAUGAUAUGGAAGUAGAAAGAACGUGGCUUAAACUUAAAAAUUUUGAUGGUGGCAUGCCGUCUCAAGCUUUUGUUUACAAAAUGGAAGUCUAUGCAAAGGUGGGCUACCCGAUGAAAGAUUUGGAGAUAUUUGGGGAGAUGAAGCCGUUGAACUUGGCAAUAAGCUUGAAGUUGAGUAAAGAACAAAGGGAGGUUUUAGUAGGAUUGCUGUUAGGUGGCCUGGAGAUAGAAUCUGAUGAAGGGAGGAAGAACUAUAGAAUCCAAUUUGAAUUCCACCAAAAAUGUAGCACUCACUCUCUUUUGAGGAGACACAUAUAUGAGCAAUAUCACGAGUGGUUGCAUCCUGUUUCAAAGUUGAGCGAUAGUGAUAAAGAUAUACCAUAUAAAUUCUGCACUAUUUCUCAUUCAUAUUUUGGUUUCUAUGCAGAUCAGUUUUGGCCACGAGGCCAUCCUGCAAUCCCUAAUCUAAUUCACAGGUGGCUUUCACCUCGUGUUCUUGCAUACUGGUAUAUGUAUGGUGGCUCCAGGCUAUCAUCGGGGGAUAUUUUAUUAAAGCUGAAGGGAAGUCAUGAGGGUGUUGAGAAGGUUGUUAAAUCUUUGAAAGCAAAGUCCAUGUGUUGCAAGGUGAAAAGGAAGGGUAGAGUGUAUUGGAUAGGUUUACUAGGAAGCAAUGCCACAUGGUUCUGGAAACUAACCGAACCUUUCAUUCUGGAUGACUCGAAAGAUAGUCUACAGGCGGACAACGUUGACUUGGAGAGGGCUUCAACUGAGACUGAAUGCAUCAACUUUGAUAGUCAAUCUGAUUUUGAUGAGGAGGUUUCUGAUUGACACGAGAAUCUUAGUUUUGUUAGUCCCAUUAAGUGGUUGGAUUCUUUAAUUUGCCGAAUGACGAAAUCCUUCAAUGUUGAACGGUUCUGGGAGGCUUUGUAAAUCACAUAGGAUCUUCCUUUACUAAUUCAGGAGAUGUAAAUACCUAAAUGGAUAUGUAAUUAGCUAUCCGUAUGUAUUGUUGUAGCAUUCUUGUUUAUUUUAAUCUAGGUUAUAUGUUGGAUUGAAAGCCAUUAAGAAUUGUUAUUUCGUAGUUAUAUAUAUGAAAAAAGGAAAAGUCGUAACUUCAUAGUGUUUUUAACUCUAAGGGUGUUAGGUUAAUUUGUGAAGAUUCUCGUUAGUCAUUGCCGCAACAACCAUUGGAUCAUAUAUUGUUUUUAAUCUAGGGCUUGUAGAAGCUGCUUUGAGCCUUUUUCGUAGCUUGGUGUUUGUUGUUUUCAGUCUAAAGACUAAAAUCUUGCGAUUUAAGGAGUAGUUUCAAUCUCUCAAACAUCAGUUUCUGGAUUUUUCGGCGUGGGUCAUUCUUGGUUUCUCUGGAGCUGCUAAUUAAGGUAAGUUAUAUUCGAUCUCUCGUUCUUGUUCUGGAUUUCUUGUUCUUGUUCGUUCGUCUUCUGGAUUUCUUGUUCUUGUUUGUUUUUGUUCCUCGUUGUGUUCUGAGUUCUUCUCUCUCUCAUGAACUAUAAUGUUGCUGAAAAUGGAAAGAAUGGAAAUUGUGAAUAAGGUCUUAAUGUUUUUUGCUUUACUUCUAUAGGCCAUGCUCUGCUAACAACCUAGACCCUGCACGCCUUUUUUUUUUAAAAUUUCUUGUUUUUGCAGCUUUACAGAGAGUGAGAGAAUAAUAUACUUGAAAAUUUGAAAUCUUGUGGUUGAGGAUCUAAUAGGCUGCUUUUGUGAUAUUUGUUGUAGGAUAACUUAAUGCUCUUGAACUUUAAAGUUAGCAUUGUUAAUGCUGAUUUAUGUACUUUUAUUCUUUAAAAUAUUCCUAGUUAUAGUGUUGAUCUUGCCCUUGAACUUCUCUAUCAUUGGUGGACUCUUGUACUAGAAUUUUUCCUAGUUAUUCUGUGUUUUUCUUCUUUCCUCCCUAAGCCUUAAAAUCUCUACAAACUGAGACAGAAAGACUGAACAUUUGUAAGUUGUGAAAAGACUGCUAGACCUUAGAAUUGAACAUUUUAAUUUUGAAAUAUAGCUAUCCAUGUUCAAAUUAUAUAUUCAUAAUUCAAUUCCAUUUUUAAUAUCUGGAAGCAAAUUUACAUAAUAAUUUUGCUUUCCACUUACCAAACAUGGAUAUUAAUGGCAUUUACACACACAUACUACUUUAUUUUUCAAUUUUUUGUUAACUUUCAUGGUUCUAGUGGGGAGAUGACAUUGCAAAAAAUGGUGCAGGUGAAAUUAAACUUUUUUUUGAUUCAAGAAACCAAGUACUAGAGUUAAAUGAAAAGAGGAAAAAAGAAGUGUGCUUAUUUUACUCCACGAUUCUAACAAGAAAUCCAAAAAAGAUAUUUGCACUGUCUUAAAACAAUUGGAUGAGAGGAAAUUAAGAGUAAUAGAUCAUGACCUCCCUUCUCUCCCCUCCCCUUCCCCACACCAACCCACCUCCGGCCACCCUCAACCCCUCCUCAUGACUUCCCUUCCCCACAAACGACGCCCCCUGCAGCACUCCUCUGACCUACAUCCCUGCAAGUUCACUCAAGAUGUCCCGGCUGAAAAUUGAAAACAAGGUCUUCACCUGUGAUUUCGACAAGAAGAAACAAGGACGAUGGCUUCGAAUCACAGAGAAGCAUCAAAGCAGAUUUUUCGUCCUCUCUAUAGAAGAAGUAGUGGGAGUUUGGCUGAUAGACAUGAUCUCCGAUCUCCUGCUGACUCCAAAUACGUAGAAAUUCUUUCGAAAGACAGAUUGCAAUGAAGGCUUCAUUUGGAUGCAGAAAACCUCAAACAAACAGGGAAGCUUCUUGGAAAUCACCAAGGUGUUCAGUGGAGGAGGGAAGAGAAGAGAAACCUGGUAGUGCCGGCAGACAGAGAGCACAAAGGGUGGCUGGCUUUUAAGAAUCUUCUACUCGACUUUAUCAAUGGAAAACAAAGCAACAUUAUGGAGAUUAAUCCAACGACGCACUACAAGUUCUAUCCAAAUCGUUCUUUUGCCGAGGUAGUGAAACAUAAGAACGCCAUUCCACGCCCAGAAAAGAUUGAGGAACCCUCUUCCCCCGAUAUCAAAGUUGAACUACCCAGCCCAGCCCUUAGAACAGAAGUUAGGGCCUUCAACUGGAAGGAUACCCUGAUCCUCACUCGCUGUGAUUUCCAUGAUGAUUGGGGACGUAUUCAUGCAUGUAUACAAGAACAAAUAGAAGAAACUUUCAUUAUCAACUCCUUCCAAUUGGACAAAGCCCUCCUCAAGUGCCCCUCCGAAGAGAUAGCAAACCUGCUGGCCCAAAACAGGGGAUGGGUCACCUUUGGUCCUAUCACAGCAAAGGUAGAAAGAUGGGAUCCGUUGAAACAUGGGCGAAUAAAUGUAGUCCCGUCCUAUGGGGGAUGGAUAUGCUUUCGAAACAUUCCCCUCCACUUAUGGAGUUUAGCCACCUUUAAAGCCAUUGGUGAUUUUUUUGGGGGUUUCAUUGAUUACGCUGAUGCAAACUCGAGCCUGGUGGAUUGUGUAGAAGUGGCAAUAAAUGUUCAAGGAAAUUACUGCGGUUUCAUUCCCUCAGAGGUCCAGAUCAUUGACGAAGAUAGGAUCUUCACGGCGCAAGUGUCAACAUAUCAGAAUAGAAUCUCCUGAUCGAAAAGGUCGUCGGAAUCCAUGGAGGCUUCAAACCGGAAAGUGCGAAAUGCUUUUACGACGAGAAAGAGGGAACAGGGCUUUGCCCGAUAGAUCGUUGGCGGCUUGAAACAGAUAACUUAUGUCCAACGGUCAAAAUAUUUUACCCUCCUUUGCCCGUAAGGCAGACAAGACAAAAAGCCCUAGAAAUCUGGAAAGGGGUAAAUUACCCGUCUGAUGAUUUGGCCUGCCAACCAUCGAGCUCCGUGCGCCAGAACACUGCAGGGAUGGGACCCACUCACAAGACUGGACAAAAAAGAAAAUUAGGGGAGAAGAAGAUGGUGUCCUUUAACAAAUCAAAUCAGAUACGGAAUUUUGACGAAAAGGGGAAAGUUUGCUCGACCUCCAAAGAAAACCAAAACAGUCCCUUACGGGAAAAGGGACGGCUGAAAGAGAAAGAAAAAGACCAUGAGGAGUUGUCAGAGUUCUCCCUCUCCAGCUUCGAAAGCAGUAAAUCCUUGGCCGCCUCCCUUCCCAACGUGCAGGAUGAGGAUCUUCCAGAGGAUUAUCACCUCUGUUUUAGAGAAGACAACCUAGAGGAAAUUACCGGUUUUACAGAACCAUAUGGAAAUAAAGAGUUAGACUCAAUCCCAAAUGGGAGUAAGGACAACAAAGCCGCACCCCGCCAUACUCUGCCUUUCCCUCAUCCUUUCUCCAAGAGGAUGGUGAAGGCCCUAAAGGAGUGGAAUAUGUGUAUAAGGGCCAUUUCGACAAAAGGACAGUCAGCAAAAAAAAAAGAAGACGAGGGAAAUCAUCAGUCUUCUAAAAACUUGGGAAAAUGAAUCAGAAGAGGAAGAGGAGCAGGAUGAUGAAGAUGAAGAAGUAGAUUUGAAUGGUUCGGGCACUGAGGUGACCACAUGAAGAUCGUCUCCUGGAAUGUAAGAGGUUUGGGUGCUUCCUCCAAAAAAGCCUUGGUUAAAGACUCCCUCGUUAAAGUGAGUCCUGAUGUAGUCAUCCUUCAAGAAACUAAGCUCUCAGGGAAAACCAUUAAGGAAAUUUGGAGUUCCAGACGGAUAGGAUGGGUUACUCUUGAAGCGGAGGGGGCGGAAGGGGGCAUUCUCAUUUUGUGGAAGGAAGACUCUGUUGAGGUACACGAUGCUAUCCUUGGAUCUUUUUCCAUUUCCAUCGCUUUUACCUUUAAUAAUAUAGUUAAAGGGUGGAUCUCGGGGAUUUAUGGGCCUUCUACCCCCUUCAGAAGAGACCUCUUUUGGCAAGAAAUUGCAGACUUGGCGGGUCUCUGCUCUGAUUGCUGGUGCUUGGGUGGGGACUUCAAUGUGGUCCGGAACCCCGGCGAGAAGUCCAGAGGUGGCAGAGUAACAAAGAGUAUGAAGGUUUUUAACUCCAUAAUCGAUGAUCUAAGGUUGCUGGAUAUUCCCUUGAACAAUGCCAGGUUCACUUGGUCAGACAACAGAGAACAACCUUCCUUCUCCCGUUUGGACAGAUUUAUGAUCACACAGGGUUGGGUUUCUGCUUUCAAAGAAGUUGUCCUUCAGAGGCUCACCAGAACUACCUCAGAUCACUUCCCUUUACAGCUUUGUUCAGGUUUUCAAAAGUGGGGUCCCUCCCCCUUUCGCUUUGAGAAUAUGUGGCUUUCUCACCCCCGUUUCAAGGUUUAUAUAGAGGAGUGGUGGAAGAAUAUGAGUCCUCAGGGCUGGGCAGGCUAUGCGUCUAUGGAGAAACUAAGAGGUCUUAAAACCAAGUUAAAAACCUGGAAUAGGGAUACUUUUGGCGCCCUAGAACAUAUGAAAGUCGACCUUCAAGCUAGGAUUAACCAUCUAGAUAAGGAAGAAGAGAACGGCCCCCUGAACUCAGCUUUGUUUACUGAACGCUUAGACCUCAAAGCCUCUCUUCUUGAAGUCACUCUCAAAGACCACAGAAGAUGGGCUCAAAAAUGUAAGCUGGACUGGCUUAAAGAGGGAGACGAAAAUACAAACUUCUUUCACUGAUGGGCUUCACAACGAAAAUGCAGAAAUAUUAUCUCUAUUCUAGAGGAUAAGCAGGGAUUAACCCUCUCAUCGGCAGAUGAAAUCGAAAAGGAAAUUAUUAGCUUCUUCGACUCGCUGUACAAAGAAAAACCUGGGCCCCGCUUCUGUUUUGAGGGGAUGAACUGGAACCCCCUAACUCAUGGAGACAGCCAAAGUUUGGAGACUCUGUUCAACGAAGAAGAAAUCCAUCAAGCGAUUCGGAACUUAGGCACCCUCAAGUCCCAGGGCCGGAUGGUAUGACAAAUGAAUUUUAUAAAAAAUCUUGGAACAUUUUGAAAUGUGACCUCAUCAAAGUGUUCCAAGAUUUUUUCCAAAAUGGGAUUAUCAAACGUCGCACAAAUGAGACAUACAUUUGCCUAAUUCCUAAGAAGAGGGUUGCCAACAAAGUUAGUGACUUUCGCCCAAUCAGCUUGGUCACCUCUCUCUAUAAAAUUAUUGCCAAGGUCCUUGCCGAAAGACUUAGAAAAUCCUCCCUGCUAUUAUCCAUGACACUCAGGCUGCGUUUGUGGAGGGAAGGAACAUCUUGGAUGCCAUUUUGGCAGCCUCAGAAGGUGUAGGCGAUUGGAGAGCUAAGAAGAAACAAGGCUUUGUGCUGAAGCUGGACUAUGAAAAAGCCUAUGACAUGGUUGACUGGAAUUUCUUAAUGGCCGUCUUAAAGAAGAAAGGGUUCGGCACAAGGUGGUGCAAGUGGAUCAAAGGUUGUACCAACUUCUUCGUCUUUAUAAAUGGAAGACCUAGAGGCAAAAUUUCAGCCCAAAGAGGCCUUAGACAAGGCUGUCCCCUCUCACCCUUUCUCUUCACUCUUAUUGGAGAUGCCUUCAGCUGUUUGGUUCACUUUUGCCAUGAGAAAAGGAUUCUUAAAGGCUUCUCGGUGGGAGAAAAGAACGUAGCUUUAACCCACUUUCAAUACGCAGAUGAUACGAUAAUCUUCAGCCAAGGCAACAUCGAAGAUCAAUGUCUUAAAAGGCUUUUGAGGCUUACGCCUUGAGGUCCGCCUCGAGGCAAGGCUCUAACUUUUAGCCUCAAGUCUUAUGCCUUCUUUGGACUAUAAGAGGCUUACGCCUCACAUAGAAGAGGCUUACGCCUCUUUGAAAACGCAUUGAGGCUUAAAGUAUACGCCUCGUGUAAUGAUUACAAGAAUACUAUUAAUUUUUCCAAUUCUUAAAAAAUAUCAAGGUUUUUUUUGUAUGGAAUCCUAAGCAGGAGUUGUAACAAUUCAAUCUAUUACUACUUUUACUACCUAGACUUUAAAAAUAUUGAAGACAACAAUUUAUAGAAUAAGUAAGUUCUAUUGGUGAUAAUAGUAGUGAUGUUAUGAUGUUUUUUUUGAAUUUUUUUUGAGUGACAAGUAACAGGUGGAUAUUUUGAUAAUUUUAUAUAACUAUUAUGUUUGGUAAUACUUGACCACACAAAUUUAGGAUUUGUUUAAUUCUUUUAAUUAAAAUUGAGGCUUACGCCUCAUACUCGCCUUUUCAAGAGAAAAAGCCUCGAGGCCGCCUUUAGCCUUUUAAAACAUUGUCGAAGAUAUUAUGGAUUGGUGGGGGCUCAUCGCCCUGUUCAUUACUGGGGCAGGCCUCUCCAUCAACCUCGACAAAACUUCUCUAAUUGGGAUCAAUGUUGAAGAGACCAUCAUUGAGACUGCUGCAAAUCUGAUUGGCUGUAGAACAGAGAAGCUUCCUUUUAUGUAUCUGGGUAUCCCCCUUGGGGGAAAAGCUAAUUCUGUUGGGGUUUGGGAGCCAAUGGUGGAAAAGUUUAGAUGUAAGCUGUCCAAAUGGAAAAAUUUGAAUCUCUCCAAGGGUGGACGCCUCACUAUGGCACAAUUAGUGCUUAAUAGCUUGUCAAUCUACUACUUUUCCCUUUUGAAAGCCCUUGCCACUGUGAUCAAAACCAUGGAAAAAUAUGUGAGAGACUUUUCCUGGGACGGGGGCGGGUUUCACCCAAGUAGCCACCUGGUGAAUUGGGAUUUGACCUCUCUUCCCCUCACGCACGGAGGCCUUGGCAUAGGCUCUUUCAAGCAGUGGAAUAAUGCCUUGUUGCUUAAAUGGCUCUGGCGCUUUACCCAAGGAGUCCUUUGGAGAACAAUUGUGGAUAGUGUAUAUGGCACCCAACCUCACGGAUGGGUGACCGACCGCCUUACCAAAGGGAGCCGCGAAAGGAAGGCCGUGGUUUGACAGCUUGGAAUAUCAAUCUUUUUCUGAAGUUCGUCACCUUCAAAGCUCGCAACGGGCAGAGAAUCAGGUUCUGGAAGGAUCACUGGGUGGGGGACAGAACUCUAGAGGCAACUUUUCCAAAUCUCUACAUCAUCUCAAUGAAGAAAGAUGAUACAAUAGCAAGCUGUUGGAAUGCAGAGCAUCAAGACUGGGACUUGGGAUUCAAAGGGGGCUUUUCGACAGAGAAUUUGAAAGCUGGUUGGGUCUCACAAACAAGCUAGACAUGGUAAGUUUGGGGGGUUCAAAAGACGGAGUCAUCUGGAAGAUUGACAAAGGGGGUACUUUCUCAACUAAGGCUACCUUCACUCACAUCACCAAACCUUGUAGAACCCUUCGACUCCCCCUUUUUAAGAUCAUUUGGGAAUCUAAGAUCCCAAAGAAGAUAAAGGUUUUCCUGUGGUCGGUGGUUCAGAAGCUUAAACACUCUUAUGACCGCCUACAGAAGAAAUGUCGAACCUGGUCGCUCUCCCUCUCAGCUUGCCCUCUCUGCCUCAGUGAGGAAGAAACUCUAGAUCACUUAUUGCUCCAGUACCCCAUGACCUAUAAGUGCUGGACACAAGCUUUUAAUCUGUUUAACCUUGAUUACUGCCUCCCUUGCAAGGUUGACGAAUGGCUCUUGCAAGCUCUUAAUAGAGGAAGCUUCAGUAAUGCUAGAGGAACCUUAUGGUUUUUUUUGGUGGCUGCAAUCUUGUGGAACAUAUGGAGGGAAAGAAAUGAGAACAAUUCCUCAGAUUUCCCUUCUUUAUGGAGUAAUGUACAGAUUACCAUGUCUAGGUGGUGCUAUAGCAACAGCAAAUUCUUUUGUAAUUACUCCUUAAGCUCGAUACUCCAAAAUUGGAGGGCUUUUCUGUAAUAGCUCUUUUGGGGAGGGGUUUCCUCUACUCCUCGCCCUUAGGUUGUCUUCUUUUUUGUGAUCAAUACUUACAUCUCAUGUUUCUUAUCAAAAAAAAAAAAGAUAUUUGCACUGUCUUGUAAUAAUCUUUUAUCAGAUUUGACAAGUGAAUACUAACAAUAGCAGAGAGCUUAGCUCACAACUACUACCUAUAGAGAUUGAAUGUACUUCAUCUCCCAAUGAGUGUGUUCUGUUGCAUGAAGUAACAUUGAAGGUAGCUUCAAUUAUUAUAAUGGACAUAGUUUCAAUAAGUUUUUUGUACUAAGAAUAGCAGGUUAUGUUAGUCAGCAGGACCGACAUAAUGUAGAAAUGACUAUUAGAGAAACUUUUGAUUUUGCAAGCCACUGUCAAGGAAUUGGGAUGAAAAUCAUGCACUAUGGCAUUGAUACUAAUUUUAACUAUGACAGAUAUGCUCAUGAAAAUCCCAAGAAAGCAAAAGAUUGUAGAGAUAAAACCUGAUGAAGAUCUCGAUAUAUUUAUGAAGUAUGUGAUACUUCAUGUGUUUUUCCUUUUACGUUAUUUUGUUUCCAACUGUUUUUUGACUGCCAUAAUUAUUUUAAAUGAUGAGCUUGACCAGUUAUUUAUUAUUUAUGGAAGGUAUAUGUGAUAUUUCAUGUAUUCUCAACCUUCAUGUAAGAUAUUACAGAACUUUCACUGUCCUUUAAUAAGUUUCUUUACUUUCCUUGAUCUUGUACGGGAGGCAAAACAUGAAAUCAACAUUUUUGUCAGUGCAGAAUUUUCAAUUAUGAAGUUCUAUUUGUGGAAAAGUUGGUAAUUGUAUUUAUUUUAGUGUUUGAUAGAUGUUAUUCACUAAUUAAUUAAAUAUUCAGAUUCUUGCUAAUUAUUGGAUUCUCAACAUGCGGAUUCUUGCUGCAACUCUUGUUAUUCUCUUUUUUGCAUCAAAUGUCUAUAGCAUUCUUUUGCCUAAUGGGAUCAUUAAUGGUCCUAACAUGAACGUUGUCAAUACCUUUUGGAUCCUUCACUAUGUUGGCUGUUAUGGCUCUUGGAGGAUAUAUUAUUUCAAGAGGUGGAUAGUGCGUAUUUAUUAUGUCAAUGUAAUUAACCCAAGAAUUGUGCAUGUAUCACAUAUGUUCCUCAUUGUAGAAGAUCAUAUACCAAGGUGGUGGAUAUGGGAUUUCUGGUGUUCUCUUUUGAUGUAUGCCCAAAAUGCUUCAUCUGUUAAUGAGUUUCUUAGACAUUCUUGGGACAAGGUAAUAUUAUCACUCUUAAAUAUCCAGAAUGGACAUGCAUUUUUUAAUGAUGUCAAACUAGUUUCUUUUACUCUCUUGGUUUUGUACAGCGUUAGGAACCAUACGAGUAUGUCACUAGGAGAGUCUUUACUAAAAUCAUGUAGCAUUUUUUAUAGAGAACUAUUGGUAUUGGAUUGGUGUUGGUGCUUUGCUAGGAUAUGCAGUGUUUUUCAAUAUGACAUUCACAUUUUUCCUGUCAUAUACCUUAAAAUGUAACCAAGAGCAAUAACUAAAAAAAUUUUCAACUAUAUUUCUUGAUGUUUCUGCUAAGCCUGAUGGGUGCCUUUUAAGCAUGCACAUAAAAGAUUUCUAAUGCAUGUUACAUCUAAGGAAAACUGCAUCAAUGAUCAUAAAAUUACAAGGCACUAUUCCUUGCAAGGAAUGUGCAAAACAGCUAAAAAACAAUUAAGCAAACAUUAUCGCUAAAUAAUAAACACACAGGGAAUUAAGUUGUAGCAUAUAAGGAAUCAAGUUCUACUGUAAUACAACAGUCAAUAGAGGUAGAUGCUUCUUUAGAGAUGGAUAAAUUGCAGGUGCAUUUUUCCUUUUAAAGGUGUGAAUUGGAUUUCCAUAUAGGUUGUACCUUCUCUGUCACUUGAUUAUUUCAUUGCUAAUUUGUAUAUUUUAUUUAACUGCUGGUUUUAGUUGGCUGCUGACACUAUGAGUAUAUCUAUCACUUUACUUUUUAAGCAUGAUGGAUUAAGCAUGGGCUCUGAAGAAAAGUGAUGAGUUAUGUUCUUGUCGUUACCACUACUCAAUAAGAGGUGGGUGAGUGUGUUUCUCCUUAUCGUUUUUUUUUUAAUUUUUUAUCUUAUGUGGAUUGGAUUGUAGUUAUCUUAUGUUUUUUCUUUUUCUAACAUUGAAAUGAGUUGAUUUGUGUAGAUAUAUGAUAGAUUGAAUGUGUCCAGUUACCUCAUUGGCUGAAAUUUCCUAAAGGCAUCUUGAGAUAUUGUCCCAUGUUUGUCAUGUUUUAAUUUACUUUCCAGAUGCUGAAGGGAUUUGUACCAAGUGAAUCUACAUUCCAUAUUUUGAUUGUUGCUUACCUGAGUGCGCCGUCCAAGGAUGCAUAGAGGAAGCAAUCACCAUUUACAAUCGUAUGAUUCAGCUAGGUGGUUACAAACCACGUCUUAGCUUGCACAAUUCUCUCUUUAGAGCUCUCGUGAGCAAACUAGGCGAUUCUUCGAAUAAUUAUCUUAAACAGGUGAGUUUAUAUAUCACAAUUUGGUUACAACUGGACUCGAGUUACAUAAAGAUAUAUAUGGUAGUCUAAUUUGGCUACAUAGUUAUCAGGAUACUAUAGACAAAGAAAGGAUUGUGUCACUAAGGAAAGAAAUGCUACAAGCAGGAAUCGCUGAAGAAAGAGAGGUCCUUUUGUCCAUCUUGAGAGCAAGCUAAAAAAUGGGAGAUGAUAUGGAAGCAGAACUCCACUUUCCUAAUCACGAGCUUGGUAAAAAAUGCUCUGUUCUCUCUCCUACUCCUCUCUCCCCCUCCUCUAGUCAGAUUAUCUUUUCGUGAAAGUUCUUGUUCUAGUGUGUCCCCAUUUUUUUUUUUAUCAUUUUUUGCGUUCUAUCUAGUUUUCAGUAUGGAAUUAAGUAGUUGCCGUA